AUGGCCGGCAUCGGCAUAGCAACAGGUGCAGCCCUCGCCAACGGCAACAAUGGCUCCAUCUCUCCCUCCCCAUCCUCAUCCAGCACUAGCAUGACCAUUCACGUCGGAGUGCUCGCCAUCCAAGGUGCAUUCCGCGAGCACGCUUCCCACGUCAACCGUUUGAACACCUUGCACCCUCUUCACACCAUCCGUUCUUCACUCGUUCGCACAGCCGAGCAACUCGCCGACUGCGAUGCUCUCAUCAUCCCUGGAGGCGAGUCGACCGCCAUCUCUCUCGGUUGCGAACGCAUUGGGCUGCUUGAGCCACUUCGCAAGUGGGUGCGUGAUGGUAAGCCGGUAUGGGGUACAUGUGCUGGGAUGAUCAUGCUCGCUCGUGAGGCUAGUGGAGGUAAGAAGGGCGGUCAGCAAUUGAUCGGCGGUGUGGAUGUCAGAGUAGGAAGAAACGGCUUCGGAACGCAAGUCGAUUCCUUCGAGACUGGCUUGACAAUCCAUGGCUUGGAGAGGGAGCAAGAGCCAUUCAACGGUGUCUUUAUUCGGGCGCCUGUCGUUGACGCUCUCCUCCUUCCAAGCGAUCUAGAGAAAGUGGCAGUGGACCAACCAACAUUAGUGAAGCGUGUCGAAGCCAACUCUCUCCCACCUACCAUCCCCACCCCUACCACAACUUCCAACGCUAUCCCACUCACCCCUAACGCCGAGUUAGCAGCAAAGGCAUGGGAAUCACCCUUGCCCAAACUCGCACCCGUCGAACCCACCUUAGGCAUCGUUGUCGCUCCUCCACUCUACGACGAAACAGAUCCCGUUCGCUCAGCGCAGAAGCGUCCUCCUAUCGAGAUCCUUGCUGCACUCCCAGAACCAGUAACCACCUCCAAGUCAUCCCAGAAUCAGCCUGUAGCAGCACACAUCGCCCAACGAGACUCCAGAAUGGACAUCACACGUCGUCCAGAACACGAUUCUCAGAUUGUUGCUUUGCGGCAGGGCAAGAUUCUGAUGACCAGUUUCCACCCAGAAUUGACACCUGAUACGAGGUUGCAUGACUUUUUUGUGACCAAGGUCGUUGUUCCUUACAAGAAGCAGCAGCAGCAGCAGCAGCCCUAG